AUGGAUCGUAUUGGAAAGCUCGGAAGGCCACAAGCUAAAUUGUGCAGUGAGGUCAAUGGAAACUUUGCAACCAAAGAUGGUAACAUGAUUGCGUACUUGAAGUUAGUUCUGGACAUAAUUCCUCAUUUUGAAAGGUUCGAACUGACUCAAGUCCCCCAUCUAGAGAAUGCACAUGCAGACGCCCUCUCAAAAUUGGCUAGCAACAUGGACUCAGAGCUGCUAAACGUAAUCCCUAUUGAGCACUUAUCAAAGCCCUCCACCUCCGAAGGUGAAGAGAUACUAUGGAUAGAAGGCACCCCAUUAUGGAUGCAGCCUAUCAUCGCGUACCUGAAGGAGCAGACACUGCCUGCUUCCAGAGGCGAGGCGAGGAAGUUAAGAAGAAGGGAUACACACUUUCUCUUGCAAGAAGAUACCCUUUACAAGAGAGGCUUUGCCUCGCCGCUUCUUCGAUGCGUAGGAGUGUCUGAUAACGGAAGGCAGUUUGACAAUAGGAAGAUGCUAGACUUAUGCGACGAACUGGGCAUAAAGAAGGACUUCUCGACACCUCAUCACACCCAAGUGAAUGGAAAAGUUGAAGCAGUGAACAAGACUAUCAAACACACCCUGAAAAUGAAACUUGAUACCUCCAAGGGGGCCUGGGUUGACGAACUCCCCCACGUCCUCUGGGCUAUCAGGACUUCUUGUCGGACUGCAAUCGGUGAAACCCCAUUUUCCAUGACCUACGGAGCCGAGGCCAUGAGUCUGGACGAAGUCGGGGUCCCAUCACAUUGA